AUGUUAUCAGGUUGGGGCGAUCAGCCUCAAUUGCAGGGCGAUUAUCAGCCUGAGCAACAUACGACUGAACAACCCCCUCCCGAUUCUCAUCCAUUCAAUUUCCCUAACUACGAUGACUAUCAACACGACUAUCAUACGCCUGGCCUGUCUCAGCCUCAUCUUGACUAUUAUCACGAUGCGACCACACUGCAGGCACCAGCAGGUCCUUCCAGCGAGGCCGCAAACUAUCCUGAUCAAUCAUCAUUACGGGGCUUGCAGCAACGCCAGGAUGAUGACUACCCUGCCAUACUGGGUGGCUAUCAGUCACACCAUCGAUUGCAUCAGCACCCUAAUCAGGACGAGCUGGCCGCCGCCGCCAUCACAAAUUCAAUCCACUAUCCUUUGCCUUCUGUACACCUGCUGCACUGGUGGGACCAGCUCUUCCAUCCAAAACCCAAACACUUUUCCGAUCCAACCACAAUAGGCUUUUUAGAUACGUGGCAGCAGCCUCUCCACGUCUCAGCUGCAGGUCUGGUAGUGAGUGACGGGGUGGUAUCCAAUCCAUUUCCCCACAUCCCGGCUGCAGGUCUGGUAGCAAGUGACGCGGUGGCAUUCAACCCGUCUUUUCUCGUCAACUCUGGGCCAACAUCGGCCGCACCCAGCAUACCCACCAUGACCCUCACCCAUCCAUCUAAUCACGCUGAUGAUGUCACUCAACACUCGGUCAUCGCUUCCUCCCACCGCCGCCGCCCCCAGGAAUCCAGGGGGGCAUCUCGUUCGUCACACCCAAGCACCAAACUCGUCAAAACCAAAAGCUCUGCAACCAUGAGCUCAAGCGCGCCGACGACGGAAUUGAGGCUCAUUCCAUUCGGCAUUCCAGGGUUUUUGUGCCAGUGUAAAGAAAUGGUCAAAGUGGAUGCCUUUUGCCAAACGUUACUACCCUCGCCCGAUUCUUUAUGUCGAAUGGUGAAGUCUUCGUGGGAUGUCUUGACCAAAUCCCAGACCGAUGAAUCGCUUCGACAAUGGGCAUUAAGCAAACUAGAUAAUGGCGAAAAAUAUCGGCUCUCGAAGCUCGAGCCCGUCUUCGUAGAGAUACUCGACGACGUGAAGUUGGUGGUGAGGUCAUUUGUAUACCACAAGUAUGACCUCUGGUUCGACUACAGCGUGUCAUUGAACAUUUCGCAUAUCGCUGAGCGCGCGAUACGAGUCCAACGUCUUGUAGAGAAUGACCUGUUUUUGUAUAGCCAAAUAUCUGUCGAGGGAGUCGUCGUCAACAUUGCCUUUGCGAACCCUGCGAUCCUCGUGACAAUGUCAUACUUGUUACAUGACAGUGAACACCAAUAUCACCGGUAUAUUGGGGAUAAUCUCAAUGUCAAGCCAGUUUUUCGCAAUAACGGCUACUUUCUGCCG